AUGGCUGACAACACCCCUGCCGCUCCAGCGUCAUCAGGCCACGGUCGUGGUGGUCGCCGCCGCGGCCGCGGAGGGGCCCCUCCUUCCGGCCGUACAGAUGGACAGCGCAAUGCCGAUGGGACAAGCAGAGGAGGCAAGUCUCGUGGACGUGGAAGCCGAGGCUCUGGUGGACGCGACAAGCCACGGAGCGAAGAUGGACCCCAUGAUGACUCUGAAUCGCAACCCGCGCCAAAUGUUGUGACUGCGGGAACGAAACAGGUCGCCGCAGCUACUGAUGAUGCCGACGAUGGGGAGAUUUGCUUCAUUUGUGCCUCGACCGUUGAACAUACUUCUGUGUCGCCUUGCAACCACCGGACUUGUCAUAUUUGUGCGCUUCGCCUGCGCGCGCUAUACAAGAACAAGGGGUGCGCCCAUUGUCGGACCGAGUCUGCGUUUGUCGUCUUUACCGAUGAUCCUGCGCGACGAUUCGAGGAAUUUGAGACGAAAGAUUUUGCUCGGACCGACGAAAACUUGGGAAUCCGAUAUGAGAAGGAUGAAAUCUUCGAAGACACCGUCCUAUUGCUUCGGUACAAUUGUCCCGAUGAAGACUGCGAUGUGGCUUGUCUUGGAUGGCCGGACUUGCACCGCCAUGUGAAGAGCAAGCAUGGAAAGGUAAUGUGUGAUCUUUGUACACGGAACAAAAAGGUGUUCACUCAUGAACAUACCCUCUUCACCAUGGCCGAACUGCGCAAACAUGAGAAACACGGCGAUGACAAGCCCGGUGCUAUCGACCAAAGCGGUUUCAAGGGCCACCCGGAAUGUGGCUUCUGUCGGCAACGAUUCUACGGUGAUGAUGAGCUCUAUACCCACUGUCGGGAUAAGCACGAACGAUGCCAUAUUUGCGAUCGCCGUGCCUCCCAUCGCCAGCAACAAUACUACGUUGACUACAACGCGCUCGAGGGCCACUUCCAGAAAGACCAUUUCCUUUGCCUCGACAAGGAGUGCUUAGAAAAGAAGUUCGUCGUAUUCGAGUCGCAGAUGGAUCUUAAGGCACACCAGAUUGAGGCGCACCCAGAUGGUGUCUCCAAGGACGUUCGUCGAGAUGCUCGGAUUGUGGAUCUCGCCGAAUUCGAUAUUCGCAGCCCGUACCAGCCCCAGCGCCAACGCCGUGGUGCUGGUCGAGGCCGGGAUCCUAAUGCCGAGCCCCUUCCAGUCUCGAGCGCACAGCCUCUCGGACGAGCCGAGCAGGCUUUCCAACGGCAACAAGCCAUCCAGAGCUCCCAGUCGGUCACCACACGCAGUUUCGGUGGACAGCUCAGCCGAAAUGAAACCCAGACAGUACAAGCACCCGCUCGCUCAGCAGCAGCUACUCCCAAUCCAUCUUCUGCAUCCCGAUCUCGACCUCCACCAAAUGCAGAGCUCGAGAAUCUUAGUCUUGCGGCUACUUCAGAAACUCUGAGCCCGCAAGAUCAAGCUCGUCGCAUGCGCCACUCUGCCGUCGUUGAACGAGCAUCCAAUCUACUUCGUAACGAUGCUACUAAGCUGGCAGAAUUCCGUAACAGAGUGUCCAGCUACCGUACAUCAACCAUUGGAGCAACUGAGCUCAUCGAUGCUUUCUUUUCUCUGUUCGAUACCUCCAGCUCAGAGCUAGGCAAGCUCAUCAAAGAGCUUGCCGAUAUCUAUGAGGACGAAUACAAGCGCACCAGCCUUCUACAGGCUUGGAAUGAUUGGCGUGCAAUCAACGAGGAUUAUCCUGCCCUUCCAGGACCUGGUGGUCUCCUGCCUGGCAUGUCUCCCGGGACUGUUAGCACCGGCGGCAGCCGUGUUUUGCGACUGAAGUCAUCCACCGCCCAAUCGUCUCGAUCCGCCGUUGGCAGAAGCGGCGCAAUGUCCUCAUCCUCCACAAAUCCCUUCCCUCCUCUCUCCGCAGCUGUUGGUCCCUCGUCUCGCCGUAAUAAUGCUGCCUCUUCCACUCCCUGGGCUGCAGCCGCGCCUCCACCCUCCGUGGGUCGCCCGUCAUACUCAACUCCACCCAGUCGCUCAUCCCCGUCAAUGCCUGCUAGCUCCGGGCGCCCCACCACUGGUGCGGACGCCUUCCCUGCUCUUCCUGCGGCUGCAAAGCCUAACAUCAUGAUGGCCGGAAAGACCCGUGGUUACGUCCGCUGGAAUGAGGGUAAGGGUCCAGCUGCUAAUGCUUGGGGGUCGAACUCAUCUUCUGGUCUUGCAUCGCCGGCGGAGCCAGCUUAUGAUCUUGAUGACGAGCCCAGCGAUGGAAAGAAGGGCAAGAAGAAGAAGGGCAAGCAAACCCUCUUCCACUUUGGUUGA